UUAAAAAUGAAAGAAAGGUAAAAAAGUAUUUACUGUGAAGAUGAUCAACAUUUUCAUAAAGGAGAGAUGAUUAAAUAUUUGAUGAUAAAAAAAGAUAAGGGUACUAUUAAAAGAAGAUUAUUUUGUGAUGAAUGCUAUUUAGGAAAAUAUAGUUCUUAUUAGUAAUAUUGUUGUGAUAUCUAAGAAGUAUUUAUUCUUUAUAUUAAAACUUAAGUUGAUAAAUGGUAACAUAUUCGAAGCAUUCAAAAAUACAAAAUUUGAUAGUGAUAAAAAAUAAGAGUUUUUCAACUAUGCUAAAAAUCACUUUCCAUAUUUAAGUGAGAAAUUUAUUUAAAAUGUAUUGAAUUAUAAAUAUUUAGAUGAUAACUAGGCUUAGGGAAGAAUUAACAUCAAUAAUUGAUGAUCUUGAAAUUUUACUUUAUGAGAAAUAUAAAUUAUAUUUAGCAGAUGUUGAAAAAUGGGCAAAAACAGAAGCUCUUAAUGAAUAUUUUGAUUGUAAGGAAUUUAAGGAAAAAUUCCUUGAUGGUUCUUUUUAAAGAAGUCCUUUUAAAUUUGAAGAAUUAAAUAAAACAGCAGAAGAAUUUGUUGCAAAAAUUAAUACCACAAAUGAUGAUAAAAUGAAAAUUGAUAUAGAAAAAAUAAUCAGUACUCAAAAAUAAUUGUAAAUAUUAAUUUUUAUUAAUUAGUUUUAACUUAGAUAGAUUUAAUGUUAUUUUUAAUGAAUUAUUAUAGUCAAUUGAAACAAUGAAAGAAAGAACAUUUUCGGAUUAUAAAUUUUCAAAAUCUUCUUUAGCCACUCCAUAUCUUGAGAAGAUCAUUCAAAAAAUAGCACCAGGAAAUGAAGAAAAUUUUCAUAAGGCUAUGAAUAGAAUCUAUAGAUUUACUUAGAAUGGAUCAAAUUAUCAAAAAUUAUAAGAAAUCAAUGAAUUAUAAAUUAAAGAUACAAUAACAAUAAUUUAAACAAAGAAUAAAAGCAUUUUUGGAGUUUAUAAUUGUAAAGCUUUUCCAUAGAAUUCAAUUCUAUUUUAAAUGAACAAAGAAAAAUAUUUUUAAUUAAAACUAAAUAAGUAAGCCUUAAAAAUAAACCUAAAUGCUGAUUUGUCAUCUUGGAUAAUUAAUUUUGGAGAAGGAGAUAUCCUUAUAAAUUCAACAUUCACAAAAUGUACAUCUAAUUUAGGAAAUGGGUUUGAUAUAAGUGGAUCUGAUAUAUGGAAUAAUUAAGAAUAUCUCUCAGAUUGCUUAUUAUUUGACAUUUAUGAUAUAGAGAUUUUUGAAGUUUAGGCUUAAGAGCCUUAUAGAUAAUAACAGGUAACAAAUCCAUCUAUUGGUACUGGUGGUAUGUCCUCUACUGCUGGGGGUCGUCCUAUUCCACCUCCUGGUGUACAAUUUCAAUCUGAUGGUCCUUUUCAACCGCGAGGUCCAAUUGGACAAUUUCAACCUCCUGGUGGACAAAUUCAACCUCCUGGUGGACAAAUUCAACCUCCUGGUGGACAAUUUCAACCUAUUGGUAUUAAUCGAUAAAAUGGGGCUAGUCAAAGUUUUUAACCAAGUAAUAAUAAUCCUAAAUGAUGAAG